GUUAAGCAUUUGUAACUCUUGUUUACAAUAUUCUGAUAAUUCUACUAUUACUAUACCUCAAUUGCCUCGUAAAAAAACUACUUCUCCAAAACCUAUCCCAUCUCGUAAAAUGGCUCCGGGAUUGAUCGAUGCUAUCCCUAUUUUCAUAAAUACUAGUGCUAUUACCUAUAGAAUAGCUAAUGAUCAAUUGGACUUUGAUCAUAAUGAUUCCUCUUUGGUUAAGCCACUCUGGUAUGAUUUAUUAUUGGAUUUGCUUACUCAGAUAUUUUCAUAUGGUGAUAUUGAUCCAUCAGAUUAUCAUUCUGAUAACUCGGAAAGUGAUGAUGAUGAGGAUUCUCAUUUUGCUGCGACUCGUGCUGAUGAUUACUUGCUAUGGCAACGUACUCCUUAUUUGGAUGAAUUUCGUCAAAAGAAAAAAGCUAGAAUGGAAGAGUUUCUAAAUGUCAAAGGAAAACUCGAUCAACAUUUUGAAAAUCUAGCUCAAAAAUAUCCAAUUCAUGAUUUAGAAAUCGAAAUGUAUAAAUAUUGUAGCAAAGUUAACAGUACUUAUAUGAAGGCUCCCGAAUUAAUAACCUUACAUGGUGCUUCUACAAAUCUCGAUUUUCCGGUCGAAUUGUUUCAAAUUCCUGGUGAUGGCUUGAAUCUUCAAAUUCCUGAUUCUUGUAAUCAUUGUGUUGAUGCUAAUCCUAUUAAUAACGGCGGUAUUGAAUGUCAAAAAAAACGUGGUUUAGAAGAUAAUGAUAUUGAAUGUCAAAAAAAACGUGGUUUAGAAGAUAAUGAUAUUGAACAACUCAAGAAAAGAAAAAAUUUAUCUUCUUCUUAA